GGGACCGACGGACGGAGAGAGACAACCACAAGUAAGAAACAAGCGAGACAGCAUCAGAAAAACACUUUAACUCCAACAGAAGUAAAUAACCAAAAUGGCAGACGUAGCACUUCCUGCCGACAGGAGGGCACCUCCCAAAUUCAAGCAGAGGACUAAUCGUACCUUCAAGAGCAAGGCGCCUAAACCCGGCCAGAAGGGAUUCGGAGACGACAUCCCCGGCAUGGAGGGCCUGGGCACAGACAUCACGGUGGUUUGCCCAUGGGAAGCCUUCGGGGACAUGGAGCUCGGCGACCUGGCCAAAUAUGGAAUUGUUUAGCCCUCUGGCCUCUGCCUUUAACCGUAUUGCCACAACUGUCCCUCAUGUAUUCCAACUUUUGACUGUGCAGCUAAAAAUCUUGUACUUGUUCCAUAGAGAGGAGGCAGAUAUUGAUUAAUAAAAGGUUUGACC